CAGCGGCACUCGCGGUCCUUUGUGCUCCGGCGGCGGCCUCUCGGUUGCUCGCUGCGCGUCCUCUGCCUCUCGGUCGGGUAGCCCGAGCUCUCCGGUGCCGGACCAUGUCGACGGCAGGAACGGGCGCAGGCGUGGAGGCGGGCUUCUCCAGCGAGGAGCUGCUGUCGCUCCGCUUCCCGCUGCACCGCGCCUGCCGCGACGGGGACCUUGCCGCGCUCUGCUCGCUGUUGCAGCAGACACCGCGCGCCCACCUGGCCGCCGAGGACUCCUUCUACGGCUGGACGCCCGUACACUGGGCCGCGCACUUCGGCAAGCUGGAGUGCCUGAUCCAGUUGGUGAGAGCCGGGGCCACGCUGGACGUUUCCACGACGCGCUAUGCACAGACCCCUGCCCACAUCGCGGCUUUCGGGGGACACCCCCGGUGCCUCCUCUGGCUGAUCCAAGCCGGGGCCAGCGUUAACAAACCGGACUGUGAGGGCGAGACCCCCAUUCACAAGGCGGCUCGCUCCGGGAGCCUGGACUGCAUCAGUGCCCUGGUGGCCAACGGGGCCCACAUCGACCUGAGGAACGCCAGUGGCCUGACAGCAGCAGACAUUGCUCAAACCCAGGGUUUCCAAGAGUGCACCCAGUUUCUCUUGAACCUGCAGAACUGUCACCUGAGCCGUUUCUAUGAUAACGGCCCCAUAAACGGGGGCCAUCAGAGCCGAUUCCCUAAUCAUACUAGUGCGGGAGCCAAUCGCAAGAGAUGCUUGGAAGAUCCAGAGCCCUUUGGAGUGAAGAAGGCUCGAACUGAAGCUCGGAGCUCGGGUCCCUGCACGCCGCUGGGGAACAGCGACGCGGACGAUGAAGCUGACAAAAUGGUGGUCGACAGAGAGCUCACGGCUGUCACAGGUGGGAGUGGACAGUUCCCUGUUAGCUGCGGCAGCAGCCCCAUGGUCGAAGACAGCAGACAGCAGGAGGGUGGUUCUGUCGGACCCAGAGAAAUAGAAGUAUACACGGUCUCAGCGAUGCAAACGCCUUGCCGCUGCAGGAGCCAGUAUCUGAAAACCAGUAGCCCCGCGUCGGACACACUGACACAUGGAUGUGUCAUCAGUGGACAUUUGGACUUCCCCUCCACGACACAGCUCAAUGGGACGGAGAGCAGGAGUGACCAGAGCUUACCAGGAGCUCAUGGUGUUAGCAACGGCGUCGUUCAAGGACGGCCUUUUCCGAGUAGCCAGGGUUCGCUUUGUGUCCUUGGGACCGAGGAGCCAGAAAAGACCGUGGGCGCGAACGCGGAGAUGUGCGGCUCUCUGCACCUGAACGGGAGCCCGAGUAGCUGCGUGGCUAGUAGACCUUCCUGGGUGGAGGGCAUCGAGGAGAACCUGCACUACGGGCAUUACCAUGGGUUUGGGGACACCGCUGAAAGCAUCCCCGAGCUCAGUAGCCUGGCAGAGCACCCCAGCUCCGUGAAGGGGGCAGAGAGGCCCGGCGGUGCCGACCUGGGGGCCAUGCACCUGUACCACGGCUCGUAGAGACCGGCAGCCUGACCGUGUGGACGCGCCCAUGCCUCCUGGUAGCCGACCGUGAAUACUCACGUAGCGCCCGUUUGAGGCAAUGUCACGACUUGUACUAUUUUGUAUACUUCGGCUUUCUGACAAAGUCAGCUUGUAUUUGAGAAGUUCCUCGUGAGUCCUGUUGUAUGCAUGAGGACGGCUGACUUAGCGCCCAGGUGUUUCCUCCGCGGGUUGGCGGGCCUCUUUCCGAGUCUGAUUUUUCGGCUGCCAGCCUCGGUGUUUUCCUUUGAACCCCGUCACCGUAGACUGCCGUCCUUCCCGACUCCUGGUCCACAGUCCUCUUGGAAAGCUUGCUUCUGCUCUAACCUGUAGAAUCUAUGACAGAAGACGGCUCGUUCCCUAUGCAAAGUACAGCCUUACAAAGAUUUCUUGAAAAAAAAGAACAUUUGUCUUUUUCAAAGUCUUUUCAUUGAAACUUUGCAACUUGCCAUGUGGUGGGUCUUCUUCCAGGCACGCGUGGUGGUUUGGGGGCGGAAGCGGCCCCUUUGUCAACACCGUAGCUCCCUGCCCCGCGUUUCACUGAAAACAGCUGCAAUCCGGGACUGACUGCGGCCCUGUCGUGGUUUUAUCCCACAUUUCUUGCUUUGUCUCUACGGUUUGUACCACAGAUAACGGUUUCCUUUAUAUGUAGUAGAAAUUACUAUUUGUAGGAAAUGUCGGGUCAGGAUAUUUAUAACUGACUAUUUUGACUUACAUUUUCUUUUUUCUUGUUUUUUUUUGGGGGGGGGGUGGUUUCUGCUUUAAAAUGUAUACCACUAUGUAUAUCCCAUCUACUGAGAGAAUUUUGGGUCUCUCUUAAUAAAAGUGCACUACGUUUAUGGUUUUAUAGAAAUUAGCUUUUGUUUAAGCAGCUAGUGGUCACACUGUGCAAAUAUUGUAAUGAAUUUUUACUUUUCUGAUUUUUGUAAUGAAAAUUGGUGAAGUUAGAGAAAAUGUCCAUUGAACAAGCCAGUGUCCUAAGAGUGUUACUAACAUCUUGUUUUUAAACUGUGCUUUACAGAUUGAAUAAAAAACUCUCACUUGA